AAUGUUUUUCCUCGACAAAUUUCUCCAAGGUCUCAAACCCCAAUUUGACGACGAUGUUGUUGAUAGACUUAAUUAUUAUUAUACUCCAAUGCUUUUUAUUGUUUUUGCUUUAACACUUUCUGCUAAACAAUAUGUUGGACAGCCAAUUCAAUGUUGGAUUCCAGCUCAAUUUACUGGUGCUUGGGAACAAUAUAGCGAGAAUUACUGUUUUGUUCAAAAUACUUAUUUCCUUCCUUUGAAUCAUUACAUUCCACAGGACAUUGAACAGAGAGAGGAAAGAGAAAUUGGUUAUUAUCAAUGGGUGCCUUUUGUAUUAGGACUGCAAGGAAUGUUAUUUUAUUUGCCAUCACUUGUUUGGAGAAUUUUUAAUUGGCAAUCAGGUGUGGCAGUCAAAGGAAUAAUCCAAAUGUGUGAAGAUGUAGGUAACAUGCAAGUAGACAAGAGGAAAGGCUCGGUUGAGAUAGCAGCAACACACAUUAGAGACUCAUUACGAAUGCAACAACAAUUCUCCAAAGGAUUUAUUUUUGCUGGCCUCUUUCGUCGUGGCACUUAUUUAAAUUGUUUAUAUUUGGUUGUAAAAGUUUUAUAUUUACUACAAAUUGUUUGCCAAUUUAUUAUUUUAAACAAUUUUCUUGGAUCCUCUUAUACUUUUUGGGGAUUUGAAAUUUUAAGAGAUUUGGCAAUGGGGCUGGAAUGGCAUGAAAGUGGGCAUUUUCCUAGGGUAACAAUGUGCGAUUUUGAAGUUCGAGUACUUGGAAAUAAACACAGACAUACUGUCCAAUGUGUUUUAAUGAUUAAUAUGUUUAACGAAAAAGUGUUUUUAUUUGUUUGGUGGUGGCUUCUUUUUAUCGGCAUUGCCACACUUUUUUCAUUAGUUUAUUGGCUAACAACACCUAAACAAAGUGUUCCAUUUAUACGCCAAUAUUUGAGAGUAUAUCAUCUUGACAAACAAGAUGAUCAAAAUGUGACUGUAGCGGUUGACAAAUUUGUUCACCAUUAUUUGAGAUCCGAUGGAGUUUUUCUUUUACGAUUAAUAGCAUCAAAUGCUGGUGAUUUAAUUACAACAGAUUUGGUUUACCAACUUUGGCAAAUGUUUAUACAAGACGAGUCUGCUCGUAUGUCUACUCUGCAACUUGCAGAGGGUUCAGGAACUCCUAAAUCUUUAGAGGAAGAAGAUAAAAAUAGAUAA